CUCAUCGUCCGAACUCCGAAGCCGCUCCACUCCACUCCACUCGAAAAAACACAGCCGGCGCCCAGCCUGAGGACAGCCAGCCACACACGCGCGCACAUAGUACAAGCGUGCCCGCACGGCCGCACCGCCGGCGAGCGACGUCCCAGCAGAGCGCGUGCGGGAGCGAUGGCUCUCCUGCUGCUGCAGCACGGCUGCCGCCUCGCUCCUCUCCGCGCCUUCGCCGCUCCGGCGUUCCGGCGGGCGGAGGCGACGGCCCGGCGCCGGUUCGUGGCGGCCGCCGCGACGGCGUCCGGCGAAGGCGCGGGCGCGGCCACCGCGGUGCACGGCGGCUCGGACCACGACGCGUCCGCGGGCAAGGCGCGCGAGUACGGCGGGACCAACGGCGCCGUCUCCGGCGGCACCGCCAGCAGGUCCACCGCCAUCGAGACCACCGUCGAGAGGAUCAUCUUCGAUUUCCGGUUCCUGGCUCUGCUCGCCGUGGCCGGGUCGCUGAUGGGCUCCCUCCUCUGCUUCCUCAACGGCUGUGUGUACAUCAAAGAGGCGUACAGCGUCUACUGGAACAGCUGCGUCAAGGGCGUCCACACGGGCCAGAUGGUGCUCAAAGUGGUCGAAGCCAUCGAUGUGUAUCUUGCCGGCACCGUGAUGCUGAUAUUCGGGAUGGGCCUCUACGGGCUGUUCAUCAGCAACGCCCCCACCGACGCGCCCUCCGAAUCCGACCGCGCCCUGCAGGGAUCAUCCCUCUUCGGGAUGUUCGCUCUCAAGGAGCGGCCCAAGUGGAUGAAGAUCACGUCGCUGGACGAGCUGAAGACGAAGGUGGGGCACGUGAUCGUGAUGAUCCUGCUGGUGAAGAUGUUCGAGCGGAGCAAGAUGGUGAAGAUCGCCACGGGGCUCGACCUGCUCAGCUACUCCGUCUGCAUCUUCCUCUCCUCCGCUUCGCUCUACAUCCUCCACAACCUCCACAGGCCCGAGCACGACGACUCCUCCCACUCAUCCGUCAUGCCAAACUUGUAGUGGCCUCUGUUUGUAGCUGUAGCUGAACCAGCCGAUCUCUGUAAGUGGUGUGUAGGAAGGGAAUAGAUCAUUAGAUUGUACUAUGGAACAAGAACAUCGUGCCACUGUCGAUAUGGUGUGCGUGUUUCUGGACUAAACACCAUUGAACAGUUCCAGCUGUUAGAUGCGGAUGAUUUUA